UCUAACCGCACCACCUAUCGAUAGCCUGCUAUUAUUAUAAAAAAAAAUUUGUUAAGUUGCGGAUUUUUUGUGUUGGCGGUGCGUGCGAAAGUGAGAUGGCAGCGGCGGCAUAUGUUUAACCCCCCUCGUGUACGGAGAAUGUUUACAGUUGGCCCGCCCCUUGCGUAAUUGUGGCCGUGUUGGUAUUGGUGGCGUCCGACGUCUGCAGUCCGUGCGAAUUUUGCCGCUCCGCUCCGGAUUUCUGUGUUAAUCUGUUAAUCUGAAACGUAAUUGACAUUCGGCGCUAUCGCGACCGCGCCUCUAAUUCACGCCCACCGCAUUGGCUCCAUACGGUUGUGCAGUCCGCCGGAGCAGCAGCAUCAUCCAUCCCAUCCCCGCGCUUCACCAACUCUGUGAAUUGAUAAAUACAGCCGUGUGCGUGUGUGUGAUGUGCUAAACAGUCCGGUAAAUCCACGGAUCCAUAUAGGCGCGCAAAUUGAAGACUAACUGACUGGCGGAUAUAUAAUGAUCGCUGGACAGUAAAAGCCCGAAACUACGAGAGAGUCUGAGAGAGAGUUCUUACCUUAGUCGAAGGAGUGCAAGUGGAAGCAGCGGAAGCAGACGCGUUGGAAGAUGGCGCGUCACAUUAUGGCUGUUUGUGUGGUGUGCCUGCUCUGCGCACACCGCCUGCACUGCCAGGAUCAUGUCGAGAGCCUCUUGGGCCCGGCCAUGGUGAUGGUGCACAGUGAAGAGCUGCCGCUAAAUGCCAGAGUCUACAAGAGCCCGAGUCCCUCCAGUGAAACCACCGAUCGGCGGCAGCAACGUUCCGUUGCUGGCGACGACGACACCCUCAACUACAGCAUCAGCCCGCCCUCGAGGAGACAAAAGCGCCACGCUGGCCACGACCAUGGCCAUGGCGAUUCCGACUCCCGCCUCCCGCAGCUUACCCAGUACUAUCUGGAGAAGCUGAUGGUCCAGAGCAAGGAAAUGGACAGCAGCGGCUUCGAAGGUCUACUCCAGCAGCUCAGUCUCCCAUCGCUGGUCAGUGGAGUGGGAACAGAAGGAACUUGCGUGCCAGCUAGUCGCCUUGUGCACCAUGUCCAGCCUCACGAUCACCAUCAUGACCACGACGAGGACGAGGAGGAUCACGAACAUGAGCAGCAGCUAAACAACUGCACGUUAAACAAUAAUGGCAGCAACUCCAAUGUCGCAUGCACAUCCCUGCUUAACAACCACACCCACCCGCUUGGCGAGAAGGCCCAGAACUUUACGCUCAGCGAAAAGGAUCUCCUGCACCUGUGCCCCGUUCUCCUGCAUGAGCUGAAAUCGCAGAGCGGCGGCUGUAUAGAGCCGGCGGUUCUCUUCGACAUCGACACAACGGAAAAGCUGCUGGAAUCUGAGAAGGACAAGGACAUCUUCUACGUGUGGGUCUAUGCCUUCAUUUCGGUGUUUGCCUGCGGCCUACUCGGCCUGGUAGGAGUGGCCAUAAUACCGUUUAUGGGCUCCAGGUACUACAAGUACAUAAUCCAGUAUCUGGUGUCACUGGCCGUGGGUACGAUGACCGGCGAUGCCCUGCUGCACUUGCUGCCCCAUUCACUGGCAGGCCAGGAUGAACGGGGCAUGAUCAUGAAGGGGCUGGGCUGCCUGGCCGGCAUCAUCUUCUUUUACGUCACAGAGCACGCGCUCACCAUGAUCUCGGAGUGGCGCAAGAGCGUUGAGAAGAAGGAGACGAAGAAGCCGUCACGGGCAAAGGUGAUGCGGGAUCCCGACUCUUCGGUAAACAACUCGGUGGCCGGGGACAAGAUCUGCAAGCAGAAGUACAGUUCGUAUCCAUACUGCUACGACGAGAUCACCAUGAACAACAAGCAGAGCGAGUGGAUGCAUUUGCCCGGCGAUGGCGUGAGCACGACGGCAGGUGCCGGCGGAGAUGCUGCCUCCGCUUCGGAGCUCCGCAACGGUGUGGUCGAUCAUGACGGCUCCGGCGACAUGGCCGCCGCCGCCGAGUCCCUGCUCUCCACGCUGCACUCGAACUGCGUGGAGAUGAACCACCACAAUCACAAGCACAACAGCCACCAGCAGCAGGAGGGGCAGGACAACAACACCAUCGUGACCGAUCUGGACGGUAAUGCAGUGUAUGCUACGAACAGCGCCAAGGAGACGGACGGGCGGAACGAUCAUGUGACUGUGAUACUGCGGGAACACGAGUCCUCUCACCAUGGCCAUAGCCAUCGCCACGGACACGUCCACUCGCCGCCGGAAACGCUGAGCGCCGUUGCCUGGAUGAUAAUUAUGGGCGACGGGCUGCACAACUUCACUGACGGAAUGGCCAUAGGCGCAGCCUUUGCUGAGAACAUAGCCGGUGGCUUCUCCACCUCGUUGGCUGUAUUCUGCCACGAGCUACCGCACGAGCUGGGCGACUUUGCCAUCCUGAUGAAGGCCGGCAUGUCCGUGAAGUCGGCCGUCUACUACAACUUGUUAACAGGCGUCCUCAGCUUUAUCGGCAUGAUCUUCGGCAUUGCCUUUGGCCAGUCGCAGGACGUCGCCCAAUGGAUGUUUGCCGUGGCAGCGGGUCUGUUCAUCUACAUUGCCCUGGUCGACAUGAUGCCCGAGAUCUCGGCCUCGCACAAGUCGCUGGGCCAGUUUCUGCUGCAGAUUUUGGGCAUGCUGAGCGGAGUGGGGAUAAUGCUACUGAUUGCCCUCUACGAGGGCGAUCUGAUGAGCGUGUUCGGCACUACGGGAACGGCCGGAGCUGGAUCUUACCAGCACGCGCAUUGAUCGCACACACACACAACUGAAAUUGUAACCAACUGCAGCGAAUCUUGUAGAUUGUAUUAUGUGAAUUGCAGCGAAUCUUGCAUAUUGACUGCAUUUCUUUCCGCCAGGCCGUCACAGGACCCCUUGAAUUAUUAUUAUUUUUUGUAUAAUUUGAUUAUAUUGUUGUUCACCUUAGUCCACAGAGUUAAAGGCCACACAGACACACAGCCCUGGCGCCUAUUUGCAAACGCAUUUGUUAUCCAGUUUAUGAAACACACAGACACAACUACAAAACUCGUUUUCGUUCCUAAUUUUUUGCAACACUGAACUGCGUUCGAAUCGAUUUAUACCCGCGAUUAAAUGUAAGAUUGCCUAGGAUAUAAAGUGAUCUUGGAAUUGGAAGACACCAAUCCAAAUGGAUGCCGAAAAACAAACAAUAACAGAGAAUGGAGUGUAUGAAUGACCGGAUUUGGAAGCCCGGUCAAGGUAUCCGGUAAUUACUGAUCUUGUAUACACACUGAAAGCAGAACCUAACAAUUACGGUAUAUACAUAUAUUGUAGAAUAUGUAUACAAAUAUAGUUUUUGUAAUUUGUAGUUUAGGUGCGCGCACGAUUACUUUAUGCGAGUUUAACAUUCGAAAAAAGCCAAUAGCUGAGACAGAUGUCUUGUCCCCACUGUUAUGAUUUCUGACAGUACUUAACGACUUCAAAGAACUAUCCAUAAAAAACCAUUUAAGCUUAAUUUAUUAUCGUAUUUGUAAUGAAUUGAAAAGAUUAUUGAACUGCACGCACGCCCAUGCAUCAUUUAAUUAUUCGCUACGCCAUGUAGCCCCUUCGUUUAAUUAUGAUUUUGUAAUAAACAAGCUAAAACCCA